CCCAGAGACUAGAGGUCUUGCAAGCAUUGUACUAGGAUACAGUCUGAAAUACAACAGAUGAGAACUCUACAGAAGCACCUCCGAAUCAGCCUUCAGUAACUGAAGAACAUACUCGUUCAACUGAACCUGAGGCUCAGAGAAUGCCUCCAAAUGGGACAUUCUUUGGAAUGAACAGGAAUCAGCCAUCUUCAUGAGGAGUCGAUGCUACUCCACAUGACUAUAAAGCACACUACCCUUUUGAUCCAUAUGGCCAAGAGAUGUCCUGUAAUGCAUGGAUAUGGUCCAUCUACCUUGACAAAGUGGCCAAUUUUGAUGCCAAUAUGUUGGCAGAGUGGCGGGACACCAUUGAUAUACUCCUUGUUUUUGCUGGUCUUUUCUCUGCAGUAUUAACAACAUUUGUGGUCCAAACAUCGCAAAACAUGCAGCCAGAUUAUAACAAGGCAUCUGCAUGUCUUCUCUUUGAAAUCCUCAAAGUCACUAUGUCGAAUGGCUCUCAGUCCUCUAUUCCCUCCUCACCUACUGCCUUGUUACGGUUUCACCAUUUCUUUUCUUUUUCACCAUUUCUUUUCUUUUUCUUACAUAUUCAUGAUUACUCAUUUCUCACAUCGGACUUCUAUCAUACAUUUUCCGCAUGGUUCAUACUAUUAUUAGCACAUCCCUCAUGUAUUUAA